AUGCAUUCCCCACAAGCAAUGAAACGGGAGAAACUACUCCCCGUCUUUUUCUUUAAAGUCAUUUCAGAAAGUUUCCCAGGAAGCAGGCGGCGACGAACCCUAAGCACCCUCGCAUUGUUAGCCGACUUCAGUCACUUUCACAUUUUCUUUCUCAUUUUUUUCUUCUUCGGCCCAGCUUCCUUUUCUUUUCUAUAUCUCCAAUUUCUUCCCCCACCUCUCCUUUCUCCCUUAUUUUCUUUGAUCCUUAGCUUUUUUUCUUUUUAUUCCUUUCUUUCCUUUAUUUUUCCUUCAUUUUUCUUUCUUUCUUUCUUUCUUUCUAUGUUUCUUUCUUUCAACGUUUUUUUUCUUUUUUCCACGUUUAUUUCUUUCUUUCUUUUAACUUUUCUUUUUUCCUUUCUACGUUUUUUCUUUCUUUCUUUCUUUCUUUCUUUCUUUCAACGUUUCUUUCUUUCUUUCUACGUUUCUUUCUUUCUUUCUUUUUUUCAACUAUGCUUCCUUCCUUUCUACCUUUCUUUCUCCCUUUCCUUUCUCUUAUUCCCUGUUAUCUUAUUUUCCCUCCCUUUUCUUGCUUUCCUUUUUCUCCAUUCUAUCCUUUCCCCAUACUUUUCUCUACUUCCUCUUUUUCCUUUUGUUUUUUUUAUUUCUCCAUUUUUCUUUCGCUAUCUCCCCACCUCUCUCUCUCUCUCUCUCUCUCUCUCUCUCUCUCUCUCUCUCUCUCUAUCUAUCUAUCUAUCUAUCUAUCUAUCUAUUUAUCUAUCUAGCUAUCUAUCUCUCCUUUCCGUUCUUCCUUUUCUCUUCUUUCAUUUUAAUCUCGCCUGUUCUUCCACUUUUUCUUGCCUGCUUCUUCCUUUCAUCUUGCUUCUCCUUCUUCUUCUCCUUCCUGUUUCAUUUUUUCCCAAAACUCUUUUUGAUUUUCUUGCUUUCUAUUCAUUCAUCUCCUAA